GCGAGCUCGAAUCGUCGUCGCCUGCUAAUAGUAACGCAAAUAAGCCCACUCCGACACCAGCUUCCAUCGUAUCUUCUCAAACCACAAAUACUGGUCUACAGCGUAUUAUGAAUCGGCCAAUGUCACCGUAUCACGUUGGACCCACGAGUGCGGAGUUCGGCCUGACCGCGCGUCGGAAGCCGUCGGAGGAGGACGAUGAAUUUGAAUCCACUGCUGCACCGAGUCCCAUUGCAGCGCCUGAUGCGGAUAUUGUGACCGAUGAUCCACUAGGAAACCUAGGGCUGACAGAGGCUCUGAGGCUGGUGACAGUCUAUGAAAACACGGUGGGCUUGAUGUACCCAUGUGUUGAUCUGGACAGUGUGCGCGCGUGUAUUGUCGAUUUCUUUCGAGAUGACUCUCGCCAGAUCCUGAGCUCGGAGCAACAGGACUGGUUCUUUGCGCGCGAUGUGGAGGUGCUGAAAAUUAUCUUGGCAAUAGCUUUGGUGACGGAAUCGCAUGGACGGAGUGAGCGAGCUGCUGUGUUGGCAGAAAGUGUUGAGGAUCGUUUCGCGACUCGCGUCAAUAUCCCCGAGGUUGACAUGAAAGAGCUUCUUAUAUUGACAUUGCUGUCAAUAUUCCAUUCGUACCGGGAUGAUGAAGUGAUUUCGUGGCGUUGUAUUGGGAUGGCUUGUCGAGGCUCAAUGCAACUAGGCCUUCAUUGCCAAGAGACCUGGUAUAGAACCGGAGGUGUGUUCCCCGGGGAGCUGCAAUGGACGUGGGCUAGUCGUCUAUUUUGGUGUAUCUACGUGUUGGACCGGAAAUGGUCCUUUGGCACUGGCCUUCCCUUCGCUAUUCAGGACACCGACAUGGACACCAACCUUCCCGUGCUAGGAACCGCCACACCUUAUCUCACUUGUAUGAUCUCGUACGCACGACUCAGCGGCAAGAUAUGGGGGCUCGUAGUCGGCUGGGGCAGUCGAUCGCGUGCAGCGACGUCGGACUACUGUUCGUACCUUGACUUUCAAGUCCAGCAAUGGAUCCAGUCCAUUCCACAGGAACUGCGGUUCGACCCUUCACGACGCUCAUCCCCUGACUCGGUUCAGAACGAUAACAUGAUGAUGUUGCAAGUUCUCCUUGCGCUGCAGGCCAACCAGCUUCGCAUUCUCGUGUACCGUCAAAAUUUGCUCAGUAGUGAGAGCAUUGAGACGAAUUUCUCUGGCGCAUCCGUCGCCGUCGAGACUGCAAAAAGUACGAUCCACAUGCUAGACUACUUCACGCGUGUUUCGGAUAUCUAUUUCCAGCGUCCAGAGCCGUUCAAUUACUUCCUAAUUUCGGCACUGGCCGCACUGUUCCUCGCCGUGUUCCAUGCCCCGAGUCGGUUCAGCAACGUCUGUCGUGCGGAAUUCUAUGCCGCCGUAGACAUGGUGAGAAAGUCAUCCACUCGGGCCAGAACAUCGAGACGACUACAGAAAAUCAUCCGCAGUUUGAAAUUGAUUAAGCUGAACGUCGGCAAAUCGCCUUAUAAACACGGGCAACCGCCGGAAAACCUUGGCAAGGUACUAUCUCGUUUCAGCCACGGGCAGCAUGACUCGAACCAGUCCAUUCUGUCGCAGACGCCGUUGGUCCCGUCGCACCAGCACCAGCCAUCCGGUAUCCCGACUCCACAACCUUCCGCCUCCCUUUGGUCCGUGUCUUCUCCACCGGCGACGGCGCCCGUUAAUUAUGGCAACAAUGACGAUAGCUGUGACGAUUUGACCAGUUUCUUUGAGAUGGCUGGAGGACUUUACUUCGACCCCAAGACGGGCCCCUCCGAGGAGACAUCUGCAUCCGAGGGCGCUAGUGCAGGGGUUGAAGGGGUUGAUGCGUUUCACGCCGAAAAUGAGGCGCUGACCCGCGUCAUGGCUGGCCUGUUGUAG